AUGUCCCACCACUGGGGGUACGGCCCGAGCAACGGGCCCGAGCACUGGCACAAGGACUUCCCCAUUGCCAAGAGCAACCGCCAGUCCCCGGUGGACAUCGACACCAAAGCGGCCGCUCACGACCCUGCGCUGAAGCCCCUGACAGUGUCCUAUGAGCAGGCAGCGUCCAAGCGGAUCCUCAACAACGGCCAUGCUUUCAACGUGGAGUUUGACGACUCCCAGGACACGGCAGUGCUGAAGGGAGGACCCCUCGCCGACACCUACCGACUGGUCCAGUUCCACUUCCACUGGGGCUCAUCCGACGGGCAGGGCUCGGAGCACAGAGUGGACCAGCAGAAAUACGCUGCAGAGCUGCACCUGGUCCACUGGAACACCAAGUACAAGGACUUCGGGUCGGCCGUCAAACAGCCGGACGGGCUGGCCGUGCUGGGCGUGUUUCUGAAGAUCGGCGAUGCGAAGCCGGGCCUCCAGAAGGUCAUCGACGCGCUGGCCUCCAUUACAAUGAAGGGCCAGAGCGCCGCCUUCACUGGCUUCGACCCGCGCGGGCUGCUGCCCGGGAGCCUGGACUACUGGACCUACCCCGGCUCGCUGACCACGCCGCCACUGCUGGAGUGCGUGACCUGGAUCGUGCUGCGCGAGCCCAUCAGCGUGAGCAGCGAGCAGAUCACGGCGUUCCGCAGGCUUCGCUUCAACAAGGAGGGGGAGGCGGAGGAGCCCAUGGUGGACAACUGGCGCCCGCCGCAGCCCCUGCAGGGCCGCCGGGUCCGGGCGUCCUUCCAGUAG